AUGGAUAAUGCGACGAAAGCUGCGAAAAUCAACAAAUACAUGAAGCAGUUGAAAAAUGAAGAUAUGAGGUACCGCGCUCUCGAGAAACUUGGACAAAUCGAGAUGUCCGUACAACUUUUGGCGGAUACAAAGGUGGGAAAAGCUGUGAACAAAUGGGCUUGCGAUGAUUCUGUGGGAGAGAUGGCGAGUGAUAUCAUCGAGAAGUGGAAGGUGCUCGCGAGACGGGCAGGAUAUGAAGAAUCAUCAAAAAGGACGAGAAGUGAGAGCCCCGAUAGUCCACCGCCGGUGAAACGUUCCAAAUUGAGGGAAUCCGAUUCACAAAAACGAGACGAAAGCCCCACAAAGAAGACGAAAAAGGAAAGCAAGAAGGUGGCCAUCGCUCCAUCAAAUGAUUUUGAUGCGAUGCUCGCACAAGCCGACAAGAUCCAAGCCCGACCAAAGGCAAACAAAUUUCAUCUCACCGCCGCCGAUUUGGACACAAAUUAUCGACCGCUCUCCCUGAGUAAACCCAAGGAAAGACCGACGUCAAGCCAUGAGGACAAUCACAUCCAUGAGGACAUCCUGAAGUACCGGAUGACCGACCGACAACGAGUGUUCGCUGGAAGGAAAAAGGCGACGGGGAUGACAAAAGUGGAGACAUUGUUCACGCUAUGUUUGCGAACGGUUGGGAACAACAUUAAUUUGAUUGAGGACACCGGUGACAUUCCAUUCUACAUUUUGCGACCAGUCUUGGAGAAGUGUACACCCGAGCAAUUGGCCUAUAUUGAGUCGAAAAAUCCGAUCCUCGAAGAAGACGGUGAUUGUCUCUGGGAACAACACUUCAAAAUGAAAUUCCCAUCAGAAACGACGAAUGAAGAGGAAUCGUGGAAGUACGCCUAUUUCAGAACGGAUCGACAAAAGAAAGGAGACGAGAAAAAUAAGCUGGCGAAACUCCGGGAAAAGAUCGGCGGGCAGGUGGUGGUGGCUGGAAGCGGAAGACAGGCGAUCAUGGCCGAUGCGACUGCUCCAAGACAUAUCAAACGACGACAAAUGAACAACGGAUCGGCUUUCUCGGCAAAACCGAUUCCAUCAGCGUUAGAAGUGAGAAAGGCUCGAAGGGAAAUCUUUGAUACAGGUAACACGUCAAACCUUCGCUCAAUGUCUUCAAUGGUGAACAAUUUGGGCGGAUCGGGUGGGGGUGGGCAUCGAACGAAGAAAGAGCCGCCAAAGAAGAAAGCGCCGUUGAUGGUGAAAACGCUGAAGAUGUUGAAUUGGAAGAGGAAA